AUGAUAUGGGAUAUUACUGGGAUGCCUAUUAAAGCUGUUAAGGAUCGCCUCAAAAGAUGGAAAGAAUUUUUCGAGGCCAAAUUUAACCACUAUGCACCAUCUGUUGUCCCGAAUAUGACUGAUUCCUCCGUACAGCCUUACGUUUGCAAUUGUGAACCGCCAACAAAAGAGGAAAUAAUUUCUGUAAUCCAUAAGCUUAAGGCCAGCAAAACUUCCGGACAAAGUGGUCUUAGAGCCGAAUGCUUCGAGUGCUGCUCAUCAUCAUUUAUAACUCACCUUCAACAAAUGUUAUUUUCUGGCAUGCAAAAAGAAAUAGUACCAGAAGAUUGGAGAAUCAAUUCUGCUUCGAGUCUCUAA